AUGCAAAAGGAAAUAGAAUCUAUUCAACUGACUUGGCAAGAAGAACAACAAAAACUGUUGGCAGAGAUUCAUGCUGAACAUGAUCAAUCUAUGAAUGUACUUCAAGCUGAGAAUAAAAAAGCUGAAGAACAAACUGCAAAUAAGGAACUUUUAAAGAAAAAGGAGGAUGAGUUGACUUCUAUGAAUAAUCAGGUUCAGCAACUUCAAAAAGAAGUUCAAAAUUCGGACAAAACUGCAGAGGAAUUACGAACACUCAAGAUAGCGUAUGAAAACAUGUUAAAUGUUAAAGAUAAAGAAAUCAAAGAAGCUGAAGAAAGACUUGAAGAAGUCGUAUCCGCAUCACAGUUAAAGAAUGAUGAUAGCCGAGUUCAAUCUAUUGUAUCCCAACAUCAAAAAGAGAUCAAUGUACUUCAAACACAAUUCCAGCAGUUGCUUGAUUUGAAGGAUAAAGAAUUAGAAAGCUUUUCGUAUCGCUUAAAGACCGUUACAGCCUCACAGCAAAAGGAUAUCGAAAAAUUAAAUGAAGAAUAUAAACAAAAAUUAUUAACGUUAGAUGAUGAAUGUCAGAAGAAGGAGGAAGUUUUGAAAUCAAAAGAACUUGAAAUGAGAUGGAUGACUGCUGAAUUUGAGAGUUCAGAGGCUAAAUUAAAGGAUCAGGGCAUAAAACUCCAAAAUUUAGAAAAUGACAAUGGUAAACUCCGUCAAGCUAUUCAACAAUAUAAAGAAGAAAAUGAACAAAUGUUAAGGCAAGUAUAUUAUCUUGAUUAUUAUAAUUGCAAUGUAAACUGUUGUUGCGACGAUUUUUUUAUUUUUUUUUUUAUUUUUUUUUUUAAAAAAAAAAAUGUAUUCUAA